UUUUUGGGGGGGCGGAGGAGGUGAUUAUCCUGAUGAUAGGGUUUUUUCAUCUGAAUUACCAUGGAAACAGCGUAAUGGCCAUCUGCAGUGAUCGAUAGAAAGCACCAGAUUCCAUUCACCAUCAAUACAAAUAGAGAUCUGCUUAAUGUACUCGAUUACCUGGUAACACUGUUUUUCUUUUUGGUUUGUUCCUUGGGGCCUUUCCCCUCUUUCCCCCUCUCCACCCUCAUGGUGAUGUGGCCUCCAGUUUCCUUCGUGAUUUCCAAAGUAGUGUAAGAUGCUAUCUCAGAGGAAUGUUUCAGGAGAGGAUCGGGGGGUCCUGCCGCUGUGUCUCCAUUCUUCUGAGUCUAGACCGUCUUAGCAAGGAAAACCACAACACACCCUCUUCCGAAACCAAAGCUCGUCUGGUCAAAAUAAUAACUGCCAUUCACUAUUGAGAGUAGUUUGCUUGACCUUCAGUCCAGCAGAGGGCUUUCCUGUUCCUGUCCGUCCUAUCUGCAGGAAAUCCUUAUAAUCUCGGUUCGGAUUAUGAAUAUUCCUGAAGCUACAGCACUGAGAGCUGUGUUUACGAUGUUAAAUCAUUUCCAGGAACCUGCGUUGUUGGUCCACAUGCAUCUCAGAGUCAGGGUGUACUACCGCUCCAGGAAAGAGGAACAACAGUUCAGUUACGUGUUAUUUCUGCAAACAAGAUGGAAGAUAGAAACACAUCCGAACGGAGCUUCAACAGACAGCUUUGAUCUCUUCAGCCACACUUAAUUCACACGGAUUGAUAUGAUUAGUAAUGUUGACAUCACAUGAGCAGCAAGGUUAGAUUAAUGUUGAUUGAUAAUUUAAUGACAAUUAAUAAAGGGGGCACACUUCUACUCAGCUUCUCCCGAUGGCAACUCAGUCAGUUCAUCAUAACUCAACUUAUAAAUAAUCGGGGUCAGUGACCCGUGAGGAACUGAGGAUGUGAUGACCUAGCAACAGCACGGUCACAUGACCUGGCCGUCCUGGCUUUUUUUGUCACUUUUGCGUAAAGAGAGAUCUUAUCUUCUACGUUGAGGAAUGAUUUCAUCUUGAUUUGAGUUGUUCAGCACUGAGAUAAGAGGGGACGACACCGGGCAUGAUUCUGCAUGCCAAAGGAAACCUCUCGUGAAAAUGUCUUACCGUGUUUGAGUCACCUGCUAGUUUAGGCUUUCACUCCUCAAUGCUCGUUCUUCUGUUAACCUCAUGAGUGCAACUUCAUGUGUACGUGUAUGGUAAAUGAAACUGAUGGGAUGGAAAUCAAUAUUUACCUUUCAUCCUCAGGGUGCCCUGACAUGGAAAAAGAGAUGAUUCCCAAAUUCACGUCAAAGGAUGAGGAAGUUGAUUACUGGAAGUCCCAAGCCCUCAAAUAUAAGAAAAGCUACUACGAUGCCCAGGAGGAGCUGCAGGAGUUCCAGGAAGGGAGCCGGGAGCUGGAAGCUGAGCUGGAGGCCCAGCUCAGCCAGGCUGAACACCGCCUUCGAGAUCUCCAAACGGAGAACGAGAGACUGAAGAACGAUGUGGCCAACCUCAAGGAGAAGCUGGAGCAUCAGUAUGCCCAGAGCUAUAAACAGAUCUCUAUGCUGGAGGAUGACUUGGGCCAGACCCGCAGCAUCAAGGAGCAGCUCCACAAAUACGUCCGAGAGCUCGAGCAGGCCAACGAUGACCUGGAGAGAGCCAAAAGGGCAACGAUGGUGUCUCUUGAGGACUUUGAGGGCCGUUUGAACCAGGCCAUCGAGAGGAACGCCUUCCUGGAAAGCGAGCUGGACGAGAAGGAGUCUCUUCUCGUAUCCGUGCAGCGGCUGAAAGACGAAGCGCGGGACCUGAGACAGGAGCUGGCAGUCCGUGAGCGGACGACGGACAGAAUGUCGGCACCGAGCUCUCCGACUUUAGACAUCGACAAUUUGGAUUCUGCAGUCCAGUCGUCUCUAUCCCUCCCAGCCACACCCGUAGGAAAGAGCGUAGAGCACUCCUUCACCAGCCCAAAAGCGUUGACCAAUGGAUGUGGCAACUCAUCCCUCACUCCUUCUGCUAGAAUCUCAGCUCUUAAUAUUGUUGGUGAUCUCCUGAGGAAAGUUGGGGCUUUGGAGUCCAAAAUCGCCGCCUGUAGGAACUUUGCCAAAGACCAGGCGGCGAGAAAGAAUUACUCCACAGACAACGGAAAACUCAUCAACAGCAACGCCAUCAAGUUCUCCCAUUCUCUACACACCACUUACUUUGACAAAACGACUGUAAAUGGAUUGGACCCCAGCUCCCUGACCUCCAUGGCGACGUCCAGAGCCGUGUCUCCACCAGGCAUGCUGCCUCUGAGAUUUCGUCUCCGUGUUAAAGGUUGGGAACACCAGCUGCUUCUGUCCUCCGGGUUCAGACCUGCACUCGAACCACCGGUUGCAGGUGUUGCUGCAGUUUUGUGUUUUCCUCUGGACAUCAAAGGACAUUUCAAGGGAACAGUUCUGCCUUUUUUUUUUAAACAGUGUUUAAUAUAUAGAUUUUUUUUAAACCAUUGUGACAUGCUCAUUUACCUCAUUCUGAUAUAAUGACAAUUAUCUGUAGUGGAUUUGUAAUAUACAUUUGGCUUUAUAAAACUCUUGCAAAAAGAUAUUCAAAACAAAAUUAAUUAUUCUUGACACGGUAUGUUAACUUUAGCUAGUGUGACUUUAUGGUCCAUUGUGGCAUUUGUGUCAUGCAGCAUAUCUGCUGGUUUGUUAUUGUCUGAACUUCAUGUUAAUUUGACUUGAUAUUUUGAUUUUUAGCUGGAUAUUGGCAAUGCAUUCACUUUUUACAUGCCAAAAUGUAGUCUAAAUUAUAAUAAAUAUUUUGCUCACAUAGUUCAUGGAUCUUUAUGUCACCAUCUCAAAGCAUAAUUUGAACCCAUUACUACUAUUUGUUUUAUAAUAUGAGAUGUCAUUUUGGGCACUCGGCGCCUGUUACUAAAGUGUAUUCUACAGUCGGUGUACAUAGCUUGUAAGGAUGGUAAUUUUGCCUACCAUAUUUGUACAUACUGACAUUUUGACAUUAAAGUCCUAUUUAUUUGAGAGUCCGUAUGGCAUGUUCAGAUAAUGAAUGGUAAAAGCCAUUGUAUUAUAUCAAAUUGUCAAAUUGUUUUAGCAAAUAAAGAUUGAGAUGUCAAAUAUCC